AUGUCAGGCUUCAAGGCAUUCUUCAACCAGUGGAUCCAGGAGCAAGGCCUCCAACUCCAGGAACUCAAGGCUGCCGAAAGCGACCCAGAAGCCCAGCACCAACUUGCGCCAUUGAUCCUUCGAGUCAUCCACCACUAUGAGAACUACUACAAAGCCAAAGCAGAUGCGACAAAAGAGGACGUUCUAAGGAUGUACUCGCCGUCCUGGACCAGUACUCUCGAGAAUUCUUUCAUGUGGAUAGCCGGAUGGAGACCCUCCACGAUUUUCCACUUGGUCUACACCAAGAUUGCAGGGAUUCAGGCCGAGCAAGAGCUGGAUGACUUCUUGGAUGAGAAAGGAAACGAGGAGAAACUGACCUCUCUAUCGCCUGCGCAGUUGAUGCAACUGGACGAGUUGCAGAGGAGAACGAUUCGAGAAGAGGUCAGUAUAUCAGAGAAAAUGGCGAAGCUGCAAGAGAAAACAGGAGACCAGCCCUUUGUGAACUUGGCUGAGAUAGAGACUACAACUGACACGGUCUCAGCUGGUAACUUGGCUGAGAUAGAGACUACAACUGACACGGUCUCAGGCAGAAGCUCGUAUGCUGAAAUUGGUAUGCAUGAGAAGGGUCUGAUGUGGCUGUUAGAGAAAGCAGACGAGCUGCGCCUGAGGACGCUGAAGGGAGUGGUAGAUAUUUUGAGUCCCCUUCAAUCUUUGCGCUUCUUGACAGUAGCAGCCUCACUGCACCUGCGCGUGCACGAGAUAGGAGAAGAAAAAGAUCAGCAACGUCAGAGCAGCACCAGCAACUCCGGCCAAGGGGACCGGAGGCAGUGA